AUGCAAGAGGCCGGUGGUUGGCUGCAGACGGAGUUCGCGCUAAGCCUGACAACUGGGACGGAUGAUACGCCUCCUACUGCUGGCUGCAACCCUCCAGUGGGCAUCAUCAAAAUGGGGUUUCAUUGGCGCGACAACGAGUUUCUGGCUCGUCGUCUUCGGCGUGAGAGCGAAGGCAUCUUGACCGAGGAGGAGGAGAGCAAAUCAGGGUACGACGAAGGCAUCGUGAACGCUCGAGAGGCGCUACUGGAGAUCGAGUCGGGCUACUCGUGCGUCCCAGGCGAGUUCGGACGCUCCCUGCAGUUCGUGGACCGAGAGUUUCCCCCAGACACGACGUCACUCGCUGGCUGCGCUUGUGAAGUGGAGAUCGCGCCGCAGUGGAAGGUUUCGUCGGCUAUCAACAUCGCCUCGGGGCUGUUUGACGGCGUUACAGACCCGGACGACGUACGCGUCGGUCAACUGGAUGAUGCGUGGUUGCUGAGUGCGUUGAGCAUUGUGGCGGCGUCCGGAGGUGUCGACGACGGCAAGGUGGACCUGCUCAUCGACCGGUUGUUCGUGACCAAGCAGACUUCUCUCACGGGCGCGUACGCCCUGCGUCUGUAUCAAAACUGUCAAUGGGAGACCGUCAUCGUGGACGACUACUUCCCAGUGCUUUACGACGCUGCCGAGCGUGAAGCUGCUGGUCUAGAAGCAGAUGAAGACGCCGAGCUGUCGGUUAGUGCUGGUGCUGCAUUCGCCCACAGUCGCGACUUCGAGGAGCUGUGGGUGCCGCUCGUUGAGAAGGCCUUCGCGAAGUACUACGGCGGGUACGCAGCGCUUGAGCGUGGAUACGUCCACCACGCGCUGCGAGUUCUCUCCGGUUGCGAGUGUGAGGAGGUUUUCCUGGCUCCAGCAGCUCGAGGCGCGUUGAAGAAGACGCUGUGGCAGCAGUUGAAGUUGUUCCGGAAGAACCGCUUCCUGCUCGGGGCCGCGUCGUUGCCCAGCGAGCACGCCGACCCAGCUCUGCGCGCGUCCGGCUUGGUCUUCGACGCGUGCUACGUGAUCUACGACGUGCGCGAUGUAGACGGCGCUCAACUCUUGCAACUGCGAAACCCACCAGGCGAUCACCAGGAAUGGAAAGGCGACUGGAGCGAUGGCUCGCGGCUUUGGACUCGGCGGCUGCGGAAGCGCCUGGGCGUGCGCAAGGGCAACGACACCGGGGACGAUAACACGUUCUGA